UCGCUCCAUAAGACUCACACACAUUUCCCCUUACUUUUUAGGAGGGAAAAAGUGAGUCUUAUAGAGCAAAAAAUACGGUAAUCUUCCCCAGCAUCCCAAUGUUGAAAUGUUAGAUCAACCAUUGCUGACCGGCCAGAAUGGAACAAUGGAAGAAGUUACAUCAGAAGAAGAGGAGGAGGAAGAUACGGGUGAAGAUAUUGAUCUGGAUCAUUAUGAUAUGAAGGAGGAAGAACCUGUCGAUGGAAAGAAGACAGAGGAUGAUGGCAUUGAAAAAGAGAAUCUGGCAAUCCUAGAAAAUGGUGCAGUCUCUGGGUCUGUCCAGGCUUCAGAUCGACUUAUGAAAGAACUCAGGGAUAUAUAUAGGUUGCAGAGUUACAAGUCAGGGAUUUAUUCAGUGGAACUUGUAAAUGACAGCCUAUAUGAUUGGCAUGUAAAACAUCCUGACAGCCUGUUGCAUAGUGAUCUUCAAGUCUUAGAAGAAAAAGAAGGUGUAGAAUAUAUUUUGCUCAACUUCUUUUUUAAGGAUAACUUUCCCUUUGAUCCUCCAUUUGUGAGAGUGGUCCCUCCUGUGAUUGGGUAUGUUCUCGGUGGAGGUGCAUUAUGCAUGGAGCUGCUUACUAAACAGGGUUGGAAUAGUGCCUAUUCUACAGAAUCUGUCAUCAUGCAGAUCAAUGCCACAUUAGUCAAAGGAAAAGCCAGAGUACAGUUUGGAGCAAAUAAGAACCAAUAUAACCUAGCAAGAGAACAGCAAUCCUAUAAAUCUCUAGUACAGCUACAUAAGAAAAAUGGCUGGUUCACACCUCCUAAAGAAGAUGGUUAACAUUGUGGACAUUUCAUACACUUGGACCAAUGUCAGUAAAAGAUUUUCCUUCCAA